AUGUCUUCUAAUAGUGUGCCACAGAAGAAGGGUGAAAUCCUAGAAGAUGGGCUUUCAAGAAUACAACAACAGAUGGAAUUUAUGUUUGGUGAGCUGAUGACUAGGAUUGAAAAAUUAGAGACUAGGUCUGAUGGAGGGCGUAGUAAAAGGGGUAGGGAAGCUAGGAAGGAGGAGAGUGUUGCUGGAAACUCUACAGAUGAAGCCGAGGAUGAUCUUAACCGUGGUGGUGGGUUCCGUACAUAUAAGCGAGAGAGGUAUGAGAAUCGGUCAAGGAGGGGACAUAUUCGGCCACAUAGGGAUUUUGAGCAUAGAGGGGAUUUUGAUGAUUUGGGAGAUAUAGAUCGAAAUUUGGGUAGUAUUAAGUACUCUGAAGAAAAGAAGGUUAAGUUAGCUGUAGUGGAGUUUACUGAGUAUGCCAUGGUUUGGUGGGAAAGAUUGGUGAAAGAAUUAGAGGUGGCUAUGAUUAGAGCUAAUGCUAAUGAAGAUGAGGAAGUUACUAUGUCUAGGUUUUUGAAUGGCUUGAAUAAAGACAUAGCUAAUGUUGUGGAGUUGCAAUCAUAUGUUGAUUUGGAGGAGUUAGUACACUUAGCCAUUAAGGUUGAAGGACAGUUGAAAAUAAAGGGCAAUACACAAUCUGGAGCUUAUACGGGGUCUUCUUUGGGUUGGAAGAUGAAUUAUAGGAGAGAGGGUAAUGUAUUAUCGAAGCCUUUGGUAACUUCUAAAGUUUCCAAACCUACCUCCAUGAAGAAGCAGGUUUCGGCCAAUGAUAAAAAACUUAACGGAGAAGUUCAACCAAAGCGUAAUCGUGAUAUAAAGUGUUUCAAGUGUCAGGGAUUGGGACACUAUGCAUCAGAAUGUGCAAAUUGUCGAGUUAUGAUUCUAAGGGAUGAUGGAGAGAUUGUGUCCACUAGUGAGGAGUCUGAUUAUGAUGAGAUGCCCCCACUUGAGGAUGCUAGUGAUUUAGAGUAUGCUGUUGGUGAUAAAGUUUUGGUGAUUAGAAGAAAAGCCAAGCACGAUGGGUUUAAGAACAGGUAUUCAAUAGAGAAUGAUGGAAGGAUUUAUACACUUGCCCCACUCUCACCAAAGCAAGUGUAUGAAGAUCAAAUUCAAUUGAAAAAGGGCUAUGAGGAAGAGCAACAUGUUUCGGCCAAAGUGGAGGAACAAAAAGAUUCGGCCAAAAUGGAAAAACAAGUUGAACAAUAUGGUAAGGAUGUGAGGAAGAGAGAAAAGAAAGCAUUCUUUAACUCAGAUGAUUUAGAUUCUUGUGUUCCUAGUGUUGUUAAAGUUCUUUUGCAGGAAUUUGAGGAUGUCUUUCCGGAUGACAUUCCUAGUGGUUUGCCGCCAAUUAGAGGUAUUAAGCAUCAAAUUAACUUUGUUCCAAGAGCAUCUAUACCAAAUAGGCUAGCUUAUAGGAGCAAUCCUGAAGAUACUAAGGAGCUUCAAAGGCAAGUGGGGGAGUUGAUGUCGAAAGGAUACAUUCGAGAGAGCAUGAGUCUUUGUACAGUUCUCAUGCUUCUUGUUCCAAAAAAGGACUGA